AAUGCUUCAACUUGGUACUCUUUUCUCUCAAGGUAUUUCCUAAAUAAUUAGCCAUCACAACAGAGAAGAGAGAGAGAAUGGAGCUCCACCAUGAUAAUGAUUUCUUGGAAGAAUUUAUGACUCUAAAACCAUGGGAUACCAAUCCAUGUUCACAAGAAAACGAGCUUUUCUCUAGUGGCUGGAGUUUUGAUUAUUGUUUUGAUCAAAACUCUCAUCAUGCUUUUGCUCCAAAUUCUUUAUCUUGCCAAGAAGUUCCUCAAAGUUACAACAACGACUACUACACCUUCAAUGAAAUCUAUAGUUCCUUACUUGAUGAGUUUUCUGCACCACAAAUUAUAGAUUCAUCAUCUUACAAUACCCUUGAUACUCCAACCCCUCCAUUUCUGGCUCAAGAAGAUUAUCCGUUGUCCAUGAUGGAAGAAGAAGAUCCGGGUUUGCUAGGGGAAGAGCUUCAUUGUUUGGACCUUCAAACCACAUGCAAAAUGGAGCCAAACCAUUCCCCUGAAAUGCCAGUUUUCAACACAGAUUCAUGUGUGGAAAGAAAGGAUAAUAGGGAAAAGAAGCUUCAGGGGCAGCCUUCCAAGAACCUAAUGGCAGAGAGGAGAAGAAGAAAGAGACUGAAUGAUAGGCUCUCCAUGCUAAGAUCAAUUGUCCCUAAGAUAAGCAAGAUGGACAGAACAGCUAUACUUGGAGACACUAUUGAUUAUAUGAAAGAGCUCUUGGAAAAGAUUAACGAUUUGAAACAAGAAAUAGAAGUAGAUUCCAACAUGGCUGAUAUUUUCAAGGAUUUAAAGUCAAAGGAAAUCUUUCUGAGAAAUUCCCCCAAGUUUGAUGUGGAGAGGAGAAAUGUCAACACAAGGGUAGAGAUCUGCUGUGCAGGGAAGCCAGGCUUGUUGUUGUCUACAGUUAACACCUUGGAAACGUUAGGCCUUGAGAUCCAACAAUGCGUUAUUAGCUGUUUCAAUGAUUUCACGGUGCAAGCUUCUUGCUCAGAGGAAGUGAAGCAUGACACAGUUAUGAGUUGCGAAGAUAUAAAGCAAGCACUAUUCAGAAGCGCAGGAUAUGGAGGAAGAUGUUUAUGAGAAUAGAGAAAAGAGGUGCAAAGCAAGUGCAAUUUAGCCAUAGAAGAGAGUUUUUGAGUUUCUGAAUUCUGAUAGUGAUGUCCAUUGAUUUAUAAACCAAAGCUGAAUUUCUUUUUUCUUAAUGCAUGAUAAUAAUUGAUCUCUUCAGCAAGCAGGAACAUUGUUGUAACAUCCUUCAAAUGGAAGAGAAGUCCAUUAAUUUAUCAGGGUGAUUGUCUUAACACAAAAGCCAUUAUAUUGAAUUUUCAGAAUGUGAUGUUGGAGAUCAAGUCAUAUAACUUAUGAUUUGUUUCUUAUAUCAUACAAUAUAUUUCGAUUUU